AUGGCAUCGCACUUUGACACGCUCCAACUCCACGCCGGUCAAACCCCUGACCCUGGCUCAAAUGCACUUGCCGUUCCGAUUUGUGCAUCCACCUCCUUUGUAUUCAAUGACUCGGCCCAUGGUGCGGAUUUGUUCGGGCUGCGUACGCCCGGCAACAUUUACUCUCGCAUUGGCAAUCCCACGGUCGCUGUGUUUGAGGAUCGUCUAGCAGCACUCGAAGGCGGUGUCGGUUCCGUAGCCGCAUCCUCUGGCCAGUCUGCACAGGCCAUGGCCGUGCUCUCCCUCUGCUCGCAAGGCGACAACGUUGUCUCCUCUCCGCUUUUGUACGGCGGCACGUACAACCAGUUCAAGGUGCUCUUCCCCAAGUUCGGUGUGUCCACCAAGUUCACCUCCAAAAAUGACCCUGCCGAGUUUGAAAAGGCGAUUGACAGCCGCACCAAGGCGCUCUAUGUGGAGUCCAUUUCGAACCCGCGCUACGAAAUUGCAGACCUCAAAGCGAUUGCCGACAUUGCGCACAAGCACCAGAUCCCUUUGAUUGUGGAUAAUACCUUUGGUAUGGGCGGAUACCUCGUGCGCCCCAUUGAGCACGGUGCGGACAUUGUCGUGCACUCUGCGACCAAGUGGAUCGGCGGUCACGGCACCACGAUUGGCGGCGUCGUCAUCGAUGCGGGCAAGUUUGACUGGGCCAAGAGCGGCCGCUUCCCGCAGUUUACCGAGCCGUCGGAGGGGUACCACGGGCUCAAGUUUUGGGACACGUUUGGCGCCGCUACGUUUAUCGCUUACGUUCGUGUCGUGUUCCUGCGCGACAUGGGCUCCUGCAUGAACCCCUUUGGCGCCUUCCAGUUGAUCCAGGGUGUCGAGACGCUUUCUUUGCGUGGUGAACGCCACUGCACAAAUGCACUUGCAUUGGCCAAGUGGUUGGAGGCGCACCCGAAAGUGGCGUGGAUUUUGUACCCCGGCCUUGCGUCGCACCCCUCGCACGAGCUUGCGAAGCAGUACCUCAAGCGUGGCUUUGGUGGUGUGCUUUCGUUCGGCAUCAAGGGCAGCGCGCAGAAUGCGAGCAAAUUGGUAGACUCGCUGAAACUUGCGUCGAACUUGGCCAAUGUGGGUGAUAUGAAGACCCUCGUCAUUCACCCUGCCUCCACGACGCACCAGCAACUGAACGACGUCGAGCAGCAGGGCUCGGGCGUUACCAAGGAUCUCAUCCGUGUGUCUGUCGGCUGCGAGUACCUCGACGACAUUAAAGCCGACUUUGAGCAGGCCUUUGAGCAGGUUUAA